AUGGCCACAGGUUGCAUGCUGCUGCUGAUGCUGCUGACCACGGUGCUGACCAGCACAGGGGCAGUUCCUGUCCCCAAGCCCCUCCCAGGUGCAAGGGGCUGCCACAUGGCCCAGUUCAAGUCUCUGCAUCCAGAAGAGGUGAAGGUCUUCAGGAGGGCCAAGGAUGCCUUGGAAGAGUUGCUGUUGCUGAGGAACUGGAGCUGCAGCUCCCACCCAUUCCCCAGGACCCGGGACCUGAGGCAGCUGCAGGUGUCGGAGCGUCCUGUAGCCUUGGAGGCUGAGCUGGCCCUGACGCUGAAGGUGUUGGCGACUGUGGCUAAUUCGACCCUGGGGGACAUCCUGGACCAGCCCCUCUGCACACUGCGCUAUAUCCACUCCAAGCUUCAGGACUGUGUCCCAGCUCAGCCCACAGCAGGCCCCAGGCCCCAGGGCCACCUACGCCAGUGGCUACACCGGCUUCAGGAGGCCCAGAAGAAGGAGUCCCCUGACUGCCUCAAAGCCUCUGUCACAUUCAACCUCUUCCGCCUCCUCACCUUGGACCUGAAAUGUGUCGCCAAUGGAGACCUGUGUGUCUGA